AUCCCCGUGAAGCCCCAGGUUUUACGGUUCACUCCGUUGUUGUUCUUCCCACAGUUAAUAUUUAUUAAUGAUCGAUUCUAUUGACAGUUGUAAUGACAUGAAAAUGAAUGGACGUUUUUGUCUUUUCAAAAUAGUCUUAAUUAACGAGUUUAAACCCAAAUUCAUGAGUACCCUUUAACUCUGACCACAAGAGGGUGCCAAAGAGACCAUGCUCCAUCUCCACUACCUCUCUGUAACACUUCCAAAGGCAGGCGUUGGACUAAGUCACGUGCUCCUGAGUAAUGACUGACGUCACUUCCCUAAGGAGCUUCUCUUGAAGAGGAGAGUCAGACAAACGUCUCACUUUAAUAAACAAACAGUUUAUAACGAACCAUGAACGGUUUCCCCUGGUACCUGACCAUCGUUCUGCCUUCACUCGUCACAUGUCCGUAUUUUAUUUGUAUUUACUUAAACACGUAUUUUAGAAUACUCUAAAAUGACGCUGUUCUUCUGUACACCUUGUUGUUUUGUUUACUUCGGAAAGUGACCGCGGUUUUUUCAUACAGAAUAUUGAACCGACACCGAAAAUAAGAGACUGUAAAGAAUUAUAUUAAAAAAUAAUUUCUAUUUUUAUUGUUGUGAAGACGGUCGCGCCCCCUCCCAUUGACCACGCCCCUCCUCCUCUGCCCGUCUUCAUUAUCCUUAUCAUCCGCGCCUUCUUCAUCUUCAUCACCUCCUGGCCUCCUCACAAGGACCAGCCCCCCCUCCUCCUUCUCCUUCUUCUCCUUCUCCUCCCCCGUGGAGCUGCUGCAGCUGCACGGCUGCUGCUCCUCCGACACUAAGGCCGCUGUAGCAGCUCCUCAGCCCGGGGACGAAGAGUUACAGGAGCCGCGAGGAAAACACACACACACACACACACACACACACACACACACACACGGCGUCUGCUCCGGUUGGAGCUUCACACACACGGCUGUGAGGAGGAGGAGGUGGAGGAGGAGGUGGAGGAGACGGUCGACCAUGUUCCUGCUGCUGACGGUGCUGUGGACGCAGCUGCUGCGUUCAGAAUCCUCUGCUGUUGACCCUCAGCGUCCUGUCUUCCCUUCACAUCACUCCGGCCCGUUCCCACCCCCUCCUCACCCACAGGUCGACCCCUCCCACCGCCACCGUCUCCAUCGUCAUCACCAACACUAUGACGGGUCUGAAGGUGGCGCCCUCCCAGGGUCUCGUUUCCUUCAUCGGCCUGUGGGAUAUCGACCCCUCGACCUUCUGGUCCGACCAAAUCACCAGGUGCAGCCGGAGCACGCCCCCGUCUCCCCCCAGCAUCUGGUCUCAGUGUACCUGGCUGUGGAUGUGCGGAGACUCAACGUCAGUCUUCUUCGUUGGUUUCGAGAUGGUGUCGCUGCAGCGCUGGGCAUCCCAGCAGGACGUGUCCACAUCAACCGACUGAACGAGGAGAAGAACAGCGUCGAGCUCUUCGUGUCCUCUGAUAGGCUGGGCGUGGCGGCGCCCCGCCCUGCUGAUGAGGUCAUCCAGUCACUGGACGUCAGGGUCCUUCACCACCACCUGGGACACUUUGGCAUCACAGAGGUUUCCACUGAGAAAAACGUCCUCCAGGGGGAGCCAAAUGACCAGGUGUGGAGCAGAGAAGGCCUUUAUACCCUGCUGUUCUUCUUCACUGUCUUUGUCAUCGUUGUCACCUGCUUGAUGGUUUUGUAUCGGCUCAAGGAGAAGGCUCACAUUUCCGACGGGCAGUUAAAGGCCCCGCCCCGUGAUCUCCACCUGACCCUCACCCUCCCUCCAAAGUCUGCCCCCAGCCCACGGGGCACCAGGGUCGUCUGUCCAGGCAGCAUGGUCCGAGCUGAGCUCCCGCCAACCGUGGCCACGCCCACCCUCCACUCCCAGCCAAUCAUGGCCUGUGGUGGCCUGGCUCCGCCCAUCGUACCCAGCUCCGCCCCCGCCACUGGUGUGAACGCCGGAGACCACGACACCGCCCUCGCUGCUGUUGCCCCGCUCAGUGCCAGUCAGGAGUUAAAACCCUGCCCCUCCCCCUUCAGGAUGAAAGCUGCUGCAGGACUGCAGGAGAGACGCGGCUCAAACGUCUCUCUGGUCUUGGACAUGUCGGCCCUGGGCUCCCUGGACCCUCUGGACCCCCCCAUCUCGACCCCCCGAGGGUCAGCCACAAGGGAAUACCUGACAUCUGCAGGGCGGCCUCUGACCAGACCACAGCUGAGGGGCGUGGUCAACAACACGCACGCGCUGCACGCACAGUUCACUGAGAUUCCCAUGAAUUUCACUGAUCCCAAAGACCUGGACGUUCCAAACCACGGAACCAAGAACCGAUACAAGACCAUUCUUCCCAAUCUACACUCCAGAGUCGUCCUGAAGUCAAAGAGCUGCACCGACCGGCUGAGCUCCUACAUCAACGCCAACUACAUACGGGGUUACCUGGGGGAGGAGAAGGCCUUCAUCGCCACUCAGGGUCCCAUGGUGAACACCGUCAACGACUUCUGGCAGAUGGCGUGGCAGGAAGAGUCUCCGGUCAUCGUCAUGAUCACCAAACUGAAGGAGAAGAACGAGAAGUGUGUUCUGUACUGGCCAGAGAAGAGAGGGAUCUACGGGAGCGUGGAGGUGUUGGUCAACACCGUCACCGAGUGUGAACAUUACACCAUCAGAAGCCUCGCACUGAAGUGUGGGAAUCAAACCCGCACGCUCCAACACUACUGGUACACGUCGUGGCCGGAUCACAAAACCCCAGACUCAGCUUUGCCGCUGCUGGAGCUAAUGUCCGAGGUAGAGACGGACAGACGCAACGGCGCCGCCCUGGGACCGGUGAUUGUCCACUGCAGUGCUGGGAUUGGUCGGACCGGCUGCUUCAUUGCUACAACCAUAGGCUGUCGACAGCUGAAGACCGGGGGGGCGGUGGACGUUUUAGGCAUCACCUGCCAGCUCCGAGCCGACCGAGGUGGGAUGAUCCAGACGGCUGAACAGUACCAGUUCGUCCAUCACGCCUUGAGUCUGUACGAAGCCCAACUGUCAGCAGGGACCGACCAAUGAGGCUUCAGCACCGUGGAGGCGGGACCUGGGCAGGUUGGUAAGAAAAGAUAGAGAAGGAGAGAACUGUGACUCUGACGGACGCCUCGUUACGAUGUCCAGGGAAAUCCAGAAGCUAAAGUUCCUGGGACUAGCUGUUCUGGUUCUGUUGCUGUGUUGGGAAACUCUUCUGCUAAGAACCUUCCAGAGAACUUCAACCCCCCUCCCCCCCCCCAAGUUGAUGCUACUGCGCUGCUCAGCAACACUGUAGUGAUGUGGUGGAGGACUGUUAGCUUAGCUUCUUAGCAUCUGUGACUAACCUUUAGCUUUCUGCUCCAUGAACAACAGUAACAUGAAAACAGACAAAGACAAGGAGUGGACCGAGUCUGGAUCCUAGCUCCAGGUCCUCAGAUCUUCUCCUGAAGAGGGUCCAGGAUCUGGGGUCCAGGAUCUGGGGUCCAGGAUCUGGGGUCCAGGAUCUGGGGUCCAGGAUCUGGGCUGCAUCUCUGUCUUACCUAAGACCUGAGUUUUAAAACUGACGUCAGACAACUUCACGACUUGAAUGACCUGGUGGACGCUAAAGACUCAUCCGACCAGACAUGACGCUAAAGACUCAUCCGACCAGACAUGACGCUAAAGACUCAUCCGACCAGACAUGACGCUAAAGACUCAUCCGACCAGACAUGACGCUAAAGACUCAUCC